AUGAGUGAAGGCGAAUUCAAAGCUGCUGUCCAAGAAGGAAACCUUAAAAAAGCAGCUUUGAUAGUGCAGCAGAUGAUGAAGUCACUUGGAUGUUUCCACAUUGCUGUCAUCGGGGAGUCGGAUUCUGGAAAGUCAUCGUUUGUCAAUGCCUUUCAGGGCUUAGGUGAUGAUGAUGAAGGAGCCGCUGAGGUCGGGGUGGUGGAAACAACAAAGCGGCCAAGCCUAUAUUCACAUUCUGAAUACCCUAAUGUUUUCUUAUGGGACUUUCCAGGAAUUGGAACUCCAAAUUUUCAGUCAGAUAAACUUGAGUUGACUGUUACAUGCUUAAUGUAUGAUUUUUUCAUUAUCGUCACAGCUACACGCUUCAGCGAUAUCCAUGCCAAACUUGCACAAAAAAUUCAGGAGAAGGGGAAGAAGUUUUAUUUUGUGAGCUCCAAAGUGGACCAGCACUUGGAGGUUGAAAUGAGGGGAAAAAACUAUUGUGAGGCGAGAACCCUGCAGCAGAUCAGAGAGGACUGCAAAGCCCAUCUACAAAAAGCAGGAGUGAAUGACCCUCAGGUUUUUCUCCUCUCCAACUGGGAAUCUGACAAGCACGAUUUCCCCCUCCUGAAGGAAACUCUGGAAAAGGUGCUCCCCUAUCAUGGUACACGGCAAAAGCUGCUUAAUAUCUCGAACCAGACCCUGCAAGAAAAGAAAAAAGCCAUGCAGAAGACCACAUGGAAACCAGCUACCUUGUCAGGUGGUCUUGCAGCUAUUCCUCUUCCAGGUCUUUCUCUUUUUGCUGACAUUUCUAUCAUGGUGGAUUGCAUGAGAGAUUACUGCAAGGACUUUGGCCUGAAUUCUGAGUCCCUCACUGCACUCGCUAAGGAGGUUGGGAAGCGGGAGGAAGAUCUGAAGGCCGUGAUAAGGUCUCCAUUGGCCACAGAAAUAACAGUUGACCUUGUACUGAAGCUACUGGCAAAGUCUGUAGGUGGGGGAGUGAAAUAUAUGUCUUACUUUGCCUGGAGUAUGCCAGUGCUUGGGUCACUGUUUUCUGCACAGGUUUCUUUUGGCACAACAAUUAUUAUGCUGGAUAACUUUAUAAGCGACCUUGCUGAAGAUACCCAAAGAGUCCUGGCAAAGGCUUUGGGGGAAGAAGAGAAAAAGUCAAAAUAG